CCGCAACAGUUAAAAUUUCAAUAAAAAAUUCAUUUUAUAUAUCACAUAUGGAUGUCAUAUGAAAGAUCAUAAAAAUUUAAGAAUUUUGAUAUAUUUUUUGAAAAAUUUGGAUGACAAAUAAAAAAGUAAUAUAAGUUUAAAAAAAAUUGGGAUAUAAUGAUGCAAGGGUGACACCUGCAUGACAUCAUCCUCACCAAAAGAAAACAUGCAGCCUGUGCCAUUCUUUUUCUUUUUUCUUUAUUUUUUCUUUUUUCCACUCUUCUAAACUCACCCUCUAUAUUUAACUCCCUCCAUCCUCUUCUCCAUUUUUAAUACCCCUUUUAAACCACCACUACACACAAUUAGGAGUCCAAAAGUUCUAUAUUUAACAUUUUAGACUCCUAAUACUUCACUACUCCAAAUGGUCUAAUGGGUGCGCUUACGUUACUUUAUAUGCAAAUUCUUAAUUGGUGCAACUAAUGUUCUAUUUAUGCAGAAGUUAUUAAAGGAAUAUAUUUAGUACAUACGGUAAUCUUGAUCUACACAAAUCAUAGAAAUAUUUAGAUUUAGAUUUGAUUCCUUACGUUUGACAUAUUUAGUACAUACGGUGCAUUUUUAAUGGAACUUCAAUUACCUUUUUACCCUUAUUUUGGACGGCAAUUUUGUCUCCAAAAAUUUGUAGCCCGACUGUUACUUUAUAUUAUAUAAAGAUAAAGAUUAUGCCAAAAGUGGAUGAAUUUAUGGUUCAGAGGUAGUAUAUGCAGUUGGAUCCUCAAAUAUAAAUAUUACGUAGUAUACGAUACCAAAACAUUAUAUUGAGUAUUAAUUGUUGUUUUGUUGAUGUAUGUAUUACUCCGUAUUUGAUUAGGAUGGUAUGGAGAGAAAACAACUACAAGGGUUCUAAUGAGUUCUUGUUAUUCAUCGGAGGGAACUUCAAAUUUUUGGAGUCAUCCAAUCGCAGGGAUCACAGCGUUAGUAGACAUCGACUCGACGAAGAUGAUUAGUUACACAGACCGGGGAAUAUCACCUCUGUUCACAGGCGGAACAACAGACUCGGAAUCAGCAAACGGUCGUGAUUCGCCGUUAAUAACCUGUAAUGGGACCGAAUCGAAUAUUCAUUUAAAUGGGAGUGUGGUGAAUUGGAAGAACUGGGAAUUCCAUGUUUCGUUCAACGUCCGUUCCGGCUUGGUUAUAUCGACAGCUUCUAUAUUCGACACAACCAAACAGCGCUUUAGGCGUGUGCUCUAUAGAGGUUUUGUGUCAGAGACAUUUGUUCCGUACAUGGACCCCACGCCUGAGCAGUAUUUCAAGACGUAUAUGGAUUUGGUGUUGGGAAUAACAGGAUCGUGCUAAUAUGAGAGAAAAACACUUCUAUUACUUUCAAGAAUAGAAAGAAGAGACAUACAAGCUCUAACUAAAAACUCUCAAAACACCUCACAUAUCUCUCAAGGAUAUUCACAACUCAAAGUUGGUUGUGGUAUUCUAAUCUAUGAUCUAAAUUGCUUGAUGAUAGAAAGACUCUCCAAGCUCUCUAUUUAUAGUACCAAAACAAGGUAGUAUGAAGGUGGGAGGAAGAUGUGUUGAAGCUAGGAGGAAGCUUCAAUGGAACAUGAGGAAGCUUCAAUGGUGGUUGAGGAAGCUCCCCUUGUCAUUCUUGCACAUGGAGGAAGCUUCAUGGAAGCUAUGAAUUGGAUUCUUCAAUUUGCUUGUACUUGGAUAUGACCUGGAAAUUGAAUUCUUCAAUGGAACAUGAGGAAGCUUCAAUGGUGGUUGAGGAAGCUCCCCUUGUCAUUCUUGCACAUGGAGGAAGCUUCAUGGAAGCUAUGAAUUGGAUUCUUCAAUUUGCUUGUACUUGGAUAUGACCUGGAAAUUGAAUUCUUCAAUUCUCCCCUUCCAGGCAUAUUCAAAACAAGCAUCCCGACUAUGUCUCUGCACAGCUCUAGCUUAUCCCGUGUCACCACCUUCGUCAGCAUGUCUGAUGGAUUCUCCUUUGUAUUGAUCUUCACUAGUCUCAACAGUUGUUGAUCAAUCGUCUCUCGUAUCCAGUGAUACCGAAUGUCAAUAUGCUUUGUACGAGAAUGGUACAUAGAGUUCUUGCUCAAGUCUAGAGCACUCUGACUGUCACAAUGUACUUUGUACUCUUUCUGCUGGAUCUCAAGUUCUUGGAGAAAACGCUUUAGCCACAACAUUUCCUUACCUGCUUCAGCGGCAGCAAUGUAUUCUGCUUCUGUUGUAGAUAAAGCAACACACUUCUGCAAUCUUGAUUGCCAAGAAACGGCUCCCCCUGCAAAAGUGUAGAUAUAUCCUGAAGUAGACUUUCUACUAUCAGUGUCUCUAGCCAUAUCAGCAUCUGUGUAGCCUUCCAAGACUGGGUCAGCUCCUCCGUAACAAAGACAUAACUUCAUGGUACCUUUCAAGUACCUGAGAAUCCAUUUGACUGCCUCCCAAUGCUCCUUCCCGGGGUUAGAGAGAAAACGACUCACUGUACCCACUGCCUGUGCGAUGUCUGGCCUUGUGCAUACCAUGGCGUACAUCAAACUCCCAACUGCUGAAGAAUAUGGAACUGCUGACAUCUCCCCGAUCUCUUCCUUGGAUGUAGGGCAUGUUCUUUUGCUCAACUUGAAGUGAUUCGCAAGUGGAACACUUACUGGCUUGGCAUCAUUCAUGUUGAAUCUCUCAAGUACUUGUUCAAUGUACUUCUCUUGAGAUAGCCAUAACUUGCGAUUCUUCCUGUCUCGAGUGAUCUGCAUCCCAAGAAUCUGUUGAGCCGGUCCUAAGUCUUUCAUAUCAAAAGACUUAGAGAGUUCUUUCUUCAGCUGGUUUAUCUUCACUGCAUCUUUCCCAACGAUCAACAUGUCGUCUACAUAUAGUAGAAGAACAAUGAAAGUACCGUCUGGAAGUUUCUUGAUGUAUACACACUCAUCCGCAGUAGUCUUCUUGUAGCCUUGACUCUUCAUGCAUGAGUCAAACUUCUUAUUCCACUGCCUUGGUGCCUGCUUCAAGCCAUACAAACUCUUAGAUAAUUUACACACAAAAUUAUCAUUUGAGUUCUCAAAACCUUCCGGCUGCUGCAUAUAGAUUUCUUCUUUCAAAUCUCCGUGAAGAAAUGCUGUCUUCACAUCCAUUUGUUCAAGCUCCAAGUUCAUACUUGCUGCUAAGCCAAGUAUAACUCGGAUUGAGGUCAUCUUGACAACUGGUGCAAAGAUCUCAUCAAAGUCAAUUCCUUUCUUCUGCUGGAAACCUUUGACAACCAACCGAGCUUUGUGUUUCACCACUUGUCCGUUUGCAUCCUUCUUCAGCUUGAACACCCAUUUGUUCCUCAGUGCCUUCCUCCCUUUAGGAAGUUCUACGAUCUCAUAAGUUUGAUUUUUCUGCAGAGAUUCUAACUCAUCCUGCAUUGCUAUUAGCCAUUUUUCUUUAUCCUUAUGAGAUACAGCUUCUUGAAAACUCUCUGGUUCUCCAUCUUCAGUUAAGAAAAGAUAUUCAGAUGAUGUGUACCUUGUCGAUGGUAUAUGCCCUCGUUCAGAUCUACGAACAGUAGGAACCAUCUGAGAAGAGCUACCAUCAUCUGUGUCUGGCAGGGUGGAUUGUGUCUCCCCUUGCCCUGCACUCUCUUCUGUCUCCUCGUGUUCUUCUGCUUCUGAGUUAUCUUCAUGCACUUCGUCCUCUUCUGGUGCUUCAUUUGAAACUUGAGCACCCUCAUUUGACUUCCGAGACAUUGUGGGUUUUUCAAUGUCUUCUAUUGUCAAAUCUUCGUGGAACACAACGUCCCUACUUCUGAACACCUUUUUCUCCUUAGGAUCCCAUAACCUGUAUCCAAACUCUUCAUUUCCGUAGCCAACGAAAAUGCAUGGGAUAGUUCUUGCAUCGAGCUUCUGCCUGAGCUCUUUGGAUACAUGUGCAUAUGAUGAACAACCAAAUACUCUAAGAUGUGAGUAUGUAGGAUCCUUACCUGUCCAUAACCUCUCUGGAACUUCAAAGUUCAGUGGUACCGAAGGUGAUCGGUUGAUAAGGUAGCAUGCGGUGUUGACUGCUUCUGCCCAGAAUGGCUUCGGAAGCUUAGCCAUAUUCAGCAUGCUCCGGACACGCUCCAUGAUAGUCCGGUUCAUUCUUUCAGCAACGCCGUUGUGCUGAGGGGUGCAUGGUACUGUCUUCUCAUGUCGAAUGCCAUAUUCUCUACAAUAUGCAUCGAACGCCUUAGAAGUAUACUCGCCUCCAUUAUCAGAUCAGAGACAUUUCAGCUUCUUUCCCGUUUCACGUUCCACCAAGACGUGAAAUGUCUUGAAGCACUCAAAUACCUGAUCUUUCGUAAUCAGGAAAUACACCCACACUUUCCGAGAAGCAUCAUCAAUAAAAGUCAGAAAAUAUCUGCUUCCACCGAUUGAUUCCACCUCGAAAGGACCACAGACGUCGGAGUGUACCAAACUUAACAACUCUGAUCUUUUAGCUGAAGUAGAACUAAAUGAUACUCUAUGAUGCUUACCAAACAGACAAUGACUACAAGGACCCAGUGCAGCAUUCUUGUCGAUGUUGAUAAGGUUCUUCUUGAUCAAGGUAGUCAGCCCUUUCUCACCGAUGUGGCCGAGCCUCAGAUGCCACAGAUUCUGAGUAGUCUCCUCAGCAAUAUUGAGGCUAUCCGUACAAAUCCUCAAAUGAGUUUUGUACAAUGUGCCACAAACAUGUCCUCGAGCGAUUUUCAAAACGCCCUUUGACAUUUUCCAGGUGCCUCUGUUGAAGUGGUUUUCAUAUCCCUGUUCGUCAAGACAUACCACUGACAGGAGAUUGAGACGAAGGUCUGGAACAUGUCUGACAUCCUUCAAAGUGAUUGUGCUCCCAGAACUCGUCUUUAUUUGUACAUCACCAAUUCCAGCUAUUUCAGAUGAACUGGAAUUGCCCAUCUUCACUGCUCCAAAGUCUCCAGCUUUGUAAGUUGUGAAGUAGUACCUGUGGGGAGUAACAUGGUAGGAUGCUGCAGUAUCUACCACCCAUUCAGUGUCCUCUCUUGAGACGUGAAGGCAUGUUUCAUCAUUGAUAGUACAAUACGCCACAUCACCUGAGAUUGUGAUGAGCGCUUCACCACCCUUGCUCUUCGCUUGAGAAUUGCUCUUGCCUCGCUCCUCUAGCAAUUUGUAGCAAUUCUUCUUCAUGUGACCCUCUAUACCGCAAUGGUGGCAGGUAUAAGAAGGUUUUCGGCCAUCUGAUGAUCUCCCCCGACUUUUGCCCCUGCUUUGCCAUUUCCCUCUACUGUUUCUUUGUUGUUUUCCUUGUGAUCUUCCUCUAUUCUCUGUCACAAGGGCAUGAGUCUCAUCUGUGCUCAUGUCUUUCCUUCUUGCCUCCUCAUUGAACAGUGCAUCCUUGACCACAGACAUGGUAAGUUUGCCAUCUGGGGCUGAGUUGCUGAGAGUAACAACUAGUGUCUCCCAACUAUCAGGAAGGGAACUAAGAAGCAGUAGAGAUUGCAUUUCAUCUCCAAGUGGCAUUUCUACACAAGAUAGUUGAUUUACCAGACUCUGAAAUUGACUAGUAUGUUCGGCAACAGAAGUUCCACUUUUGAGCUUCAUGUUGACAAGACGCCUCAUCAGUAGGGCCUUGUUCCUAGCAGUCUUGGCCUGGUACAUAUCUUCUAACUUUUUCCAAAGGGCAUGAACAUCGGUUUCUUGUGCAACAUGGUGGAAGACACUAUGGUCAAUCCAUUGUCGGAUUUGACCAAUAGUUUUUCUAUUAAUUUUCUUCCACUCCGUUGACUUGGCCGAAUCAGAAUUAAUACCUUUCAUCUCUAUUGGAUCAAAAAGGUCUUUACAACUAAGGAAAUCUUCCAUCCGAGGUUUCCAUAGCGUGUAGUUGGUAGCCGUGAGCAUAAUCAUAGCUCCAGAAGAUGAAGUUGACUCGUCAAAGGUCAUUUUCACCUUCUAAAUAAUUUUGAUUUUCUGUUUCAGAAAAAUCGGAGCCGAAUUUCGAAAAACGGGCAGCACCGUUGCGUCCGGAACGGCCGAAAGUGGUGGGUACGCACUUUCGGGGUCAAAAUACAAUUUUCGGAAAAUUAUAGGUGUAAAUUAUAAUUUUCCAAAAAUUGAGGGACCAAACUGCAAAUUUUCAAAAUUACAAACUGACCGGUGACGUGGCAGAUGAUGUGGCAGAUGACGUGGCAGUGACGUGGCGGUGACUGGGUGAUGACGUGGCAGCUGACUGGGCGUUGGUGAAAGUUGGCAGUUGACUUGUGACGUGGCGGCUGACUGUGCUGGGACUGCACAUGUGGCGCUGACGUGUCGCUGACGCAGCUCUGGCUGGCUGAUGACGUCAGCGAUGACGUCAGCUGUCUUCAACCUCUGUCUGCGCGUGAUGAUGUCAGCAUGACGCAGACAGUUUUUGGCCGGCGUUUGGCGGCGCGUACGGCAGCUUCCGGUGGCCAAAAAAAUCCCCAAAAAUACCAGUUUUCUCGUCUCGGCGAGACGAAUCCAACGGUAUAUUCAGAUUGCAAUUCAGAGCAAUACUGAAAAACUCGAUUUUUCAGACAGUAGAAUUUUAUCUGAAAAAAAUCUGGGAAAAAUAUCAAAAGCUCAACCAGGCUCUGAUACCACUUGUUGGGAAUAACAGGAUCGUGCUAAUAUGAGAGAAAAACACUUCUAUUACUUUCAAGAAUAGAAAGAAGAGACAUACAAGCUCUAACUAAAAACUCUCAAAACACCUCACAUAUCUCUCAAGGAUAUUCACAACUCAAACUUGGUUGUGGUAUUCUAAUCUAUGAUCUAAAUUGCUUGAUGAUAGAAAGACUCUCCAAGCUCUCUAUUUAUAGUAUCAAAACAAGGUAGUAUGAAGGUGGGAGGAAGAUGUGUUGAAGUUAGGAGGAAGCUUCAAUGGAACAUGAGGAAGCUUCAAUGAUGGUUGAGGAAGCUCCCCUUGUCAUUCUUGCACAUGGAGGAAGCUUCAUGGAAGCUAUGAAUUGAAUUCUUCAUUUGGGCGAAUAUGGGUUUGGGGCGAUGGCUAGCUCUCUUGUUCCGCUUCUUGACUGUCCGGCUAACGCCGUGUAUAUUGACGGCUACAUCGUCGGAGUGGACGGUCAGGCAUUUCCUAUCCCAAAUGCCAUUUGUAUUUUUGAACAUUAUACGGGACAAGUUUCUUGGAGACACACAAACUAUGGAGAUGGAACCAACCAGGUAACAAAUGGACAACAAGAAGUGAACCUUAUUGCAAGAAUGGUGGCUACUGUUGGAAAUUACGACUACAUACUUGAUUGGGAGUUCAAACAAAGUGGAUCCAUAAAGAUUGGGGUAAGCCUAUCUGGAGUGCUUCAGUUGAAGGGCGUGCCAUACGCGACAAGUCAAACGGUGAAGGAGGAUGUUUACGGAACCUUAGUUGCAAAUUACACUGUCGGAAGCAACCAUGAUCACUUCGUCACGUACUAUCUUGACUUAGACAUCGAUGGCCACUCCAACUCAUUUGUUAAAGCCAAAAUGAAGCCCGAGGCAGUGACUGAUCCUACGUUGUCGCCCAGGAAGAGUUACUGGAGAGUGAUCAAGGAGACCGUACCGAGGGAAGCGCAGGCUCGGGUUCGCCUCGAUUCCGAGCCUGCCGAGUUGCUGAUUGUUAACCCGAACAAGAAAACGGAGUUAGGGAACCAUGUGGGUUACAAGCUGGUUGCCGGACCGUCGGCUUAUUCUUUGCUUUCCGACAAAGAUUAUCCCCAGAUUCGGGCAGCCUAUACUAAGUAUCAGGUAUGGGUGACUCGAUAUAACGCGUCCGAGAAGUGGGCUGCCGGGCUUUAUACAAUCCAAAGCCAUGGAGAUGAUGGAUUAGCUACUUGGAGCCGAAGGAAUAGACCAAUUGAAAAUAAAGAUAUUGUGAUGUGGUACACUUUGGGAUUCCAUCAUGUACCAGUCCAAGAAGAUUUUCCGGUGAUGCCAAUUGUAUCGAUGCGUGAGAUUCCACAUCAAAGCCAUAAAAAAUUGAUGCAAUAUCAAGAGUCAAGACAGGAGGGUUGUAGAAGUGCCUUGAACAAUAGCUACAUUGUCGGCCUAGGCAAUAUGUUAUUUUUUCUAUUAUAGAACAUUUCAGAGAAGUACAAUCAUACAAUAUUUAUCCUAACAGUGUAAUCAUUUCAUAUAGCUUCUACAAUUUCUACAAUUUCAUUUUUAUCAUCCAUUCUCUAUACAUUU